AUGAUUGGGCCAGAGCGCGGAGAGCGGAGGACUGCGUGCUUCGACUUGUUUUCUCUUCUACCCGAAGCUGAAAACACACACCCAUCCUUGAGCCUUUAUCUUUCGAUAUCUAAUGGUGAAAGGAAUUCAAUACUUAUACAAAUUCAGAGAUUUCCAUCAUUUUUCAAACCCAUCCUUGCACUUUUUGUUCACUUCCUCAUUUACAUCUACUUUUGA